GCUAAACCCACUGUUUGUUGUUCUAAAAUAUACCUAAAUUUUUUAUACAAAUUAUAAAUAAAUAAAUAUGUGUUUAUAAAUAUAAAAAAUGCAGAUCAUAAAAAAGUGUUAAAUUGUAUUUAAUUUAAUUAAUAAUAAAAAUUAAAUUCUACUAUUAAAAGUUAUAAAAAGGCAACCCUAUUGUGGUAAAAUGAAGAUAACCUUCAAACAUUGACUUAUAAUUAAAAUGGACCAGAUAAGAAAAAAACAAUGGAGGAUUUAAAAUGUAAUGAUUGCAAAAAUGCAGAAUACAAAAUUAUUGCACCCGGCGAUAACGGUGUGGAAAAUAAUGAACCAUCAGAUGCAUUUUAUUCUAGUUCCAAUUUAUCAGUAUCUAAUAGACAUGUUUCAACCAUUUUUUCAUUGUCGGAUAAAAUAAAAAAGAAUAUAAUAGAAAAAAAUACACUUAAAAUAAAAUAUUUACCUAACAAAAAUGAAAAUUAUAAUGAAAAUAUAAUUAUUAAAACGAAUAUGGAAAGCAAUAGUAAACCUUUAAGGAGUAAUUUAAAAAGAAGGCUACCUUUAGAAGUUGAAAGUAGUGAACCCGAAUACAAAAAGAGAAAAGGAAUAUCCUUUAAUAACGUGACAGUUUAUUACUUUCCUAGAAUACAAGGGUUUAGUGGUGUACCUUCGCAAGGUGGAUCUACUUUAGGCAUGGAAACGCAACAUACCCAUAUGAAAAUAUUUACCUUAUUAGAACAUGCAAAUGAACAACGCAAAUUACAUCGACAGCUUAUUCAGCAGCAUAAAAUGGAUCGAACUUUAGUUCAAACUAAUACAUCUUUCUCAAGUGAUGAAAGUGAUAGUGAAGAAGAACCCAGUGAUGCCUCUGAAUCUGAAAUGGAUUUUGAUAAUUAUCAUUUUUUACAACCAGUACCCGCAAGACAACGCAGGGCUCUUUUACGAGCUGCAGGUGUUAACAAAAUUGAUACCAGAGAAAAGGACGAAUGUAGAAAUAUUCGAUCAUCAAGAGAAUUUUGCGGCUGUGCUUGUAAAGAGUUUUGCGAUCCAGAUACUUGCUCUUGCAAUCAAGCAGGCAUAAAAUGUCAAGUCGAUCGCUUAAAUUUUCCAUGUGGUUGUUCAAGGGAUAACUGUGGAAAUUUAACUGGUAGAAUAGAGUUUAACCCCUUCAGAGUUCGUACUCACUAUAUUCAUACAAUUAUGAGACUAGAACUCGAGAAAAAACAAAAAAAAGAUGAUUGUUUAAAAUGGAAACGUCAAGAAUUGGUCAAAAAAGAUAAAUUAAAUUUGGACAGUCAGAAAAUAAAUUAUAUCGAGUGUAAUAGAUUAAAUGAAACUAAUAAGGAUACAUUGUAUUUCAAUAGUGAAAGCUUACAUAAAGAAAAUAAAGGCCUUUCAAAUUUACAUUUUUGCGCUCCAGGUGAAGAACCCGGAGCGCAAAUUUCAAAUUUUUCUGAUAAUUCUACCCAAGGCGCUCCUAGUUUAUUUACAUUUAAAGGGCAGUGUUAUACCAAUGAAGUAAAGAAUAAUACUAUUAAUAUGGAAAGAAACAAAUAUCAAUAUUUCCCAGAAAGUUAUAAUUUUACAGAACAAAGAUUUUCCAAUUCAUUUUUUUUAGCAGAUAAAAAUUUAACUUACUCAGCUUCCAUAAAUAAAUGUGCACAACCUUGCCAAUUAAAUUUUCCAACAGAAUCGAAUUCAUAUGAAGAAAUUCUUACAUCUGACUUUGUCAAAAAAUCUAAUUAUACAAUAUUACCUCAUCAAUGUUCUUCUGAUAACUAUGGAAAUAUUAGUGCCAAUUCAUUACCCUACGAACUAGGAAUAAAUAAAUAUGAAUAUACAAAUUUAAGGCCCGUAAAAACUAAUUGUAAAAUGUCCAAUUCGGAAUUUUUAAAUUGUUCAUAUAACUACUCUACUUUUGAAGAAGGCUAUUCCGAUUUACGGAGAGGUUCGACACUAAAUAAAAGCGAAGUAACUUUAAGCAAGGAACAAAGUAAUAAAGAUGAACAUUUUGUAGAAAUUAUAAAGAAAACUACGAUAGAUACAGUAUAGUGUAACUAAAUAAUCAAUUUUAAAUGUAAAUUUUAGCAAAAAUAAAUAAAUGUAAUUUGUAGAUUUAUUGCACGAAUACCAAAAUACUAAAUAAAAUAAAUAAAUAUGUAAUCCUAAGGUUAUUCUUUCUUGACUAUGAAUUUUUGAUAUCAACUUACCGAGGUGGCUCAAAUUUGUC